ACGCCAACAAAGGAAACUAAAGAAAUGUCAAAUACAUUGUGGCAGAUAAAGAGGGAGCAACAGAGAAGACCAAGCUUUGCAGCAUUUGCCCAAGAUGACCAUGCUUCUUCGGGCGGCCCCGCUUCAUUCACAUCACACAUCGACCAACUGGCACAUUAUUCAUCGGCCAUCGGACUGUCUGGCGAGGUGCCGCCACCAUACGUCGCAAUGAGCGGCGCUACUGGCAGCACGGCAAUGCCCACCGGACGUCUGGCGGCAGAGGAGAUCGAUAUAAUGGUGAUUGGCGACGAGUGCGGCAACAAGGCGCGCUUCAUCUCCAGUUUCCUCAACAACAACAUUCAACUGGACCCAACGAUUGAGCUGCCGUGCAGGCGGCCCAUCGCUACCAAGAGCGGCGGCACCUACAACGUCAACAUCCACACGACCGUCGGCCAGGAGGAGUUCUGGGGCAUCAACGACGCAUACAACCGCCAGGCGCACGGCUUCAUCUUUGUGUACAAUGUCAACGUGCGCGAGACCUUCAACAUGUUCAUGCAGCUGCGUGAGAAGAUCCUCUUUGACAAGGGCACUGAGAACGUGCUGAUAAGCAUGGUCGGCUAUGGACAGGGCGAGCUUGACCACGAUUCUGGCAUGGCUCGCCAACGCGAGGUGCCUUACAACGAGGCAAAGCGUGUGGCCGACCUCUAUCUGUACCCACUGGUCGAGAUCGACCACUUUGGCGCUGAGCGUGAGGCUCAGAUCACAUCCUGCAUCACCGACCUCGUGCAUCGCAUUACAUACAACAGCAGCGGCGCCGCAGCCGCUAACAAGGUUGCAAUGGGCGCCAGCGCACCUCAACAACAGACUACAGAGGUCGUGGUGCUGGGCGACCUGUUCGUCGGCAAGACGCAAUACAUCCAACGUUGUCUCGAGUCCCCCUUCACAAGCAGCUACAGCGAGACGAGCGAAUGGACCAAGACCAUCGUUCAGUCGCAUCACAAUGACACACGCUACCACAUCAAGAUGGUGGACACGCGCGGACUACACGCGGUGGACUCACUGACGCGCGAGCGUCUGGUCAUGGCACAGGGCUUCAUCUUUAUCUACAGCAUCACAUCGCGCAACAGCUUCACCAUGCUGGACGCGCUCUACAAGAAGGUGUCGGCGUGCAAGGCCGAAGCACGUCUGCCGUGUCUGCUUAUUGGCAACAAGUCCGACUGCAUGACGCUGGCGCGACAGGUGUCCUCUGAGGAGGCCGCCGAGCUGGCCUUCCGCUGGGGCUGUCCAUUCGUCGAACUGUCCAUGCGCAACAGCGACGACGACGAUGUACGCAAGACCAUGCAGCUGUUGCUGCAGGAGAUCAACAGCUCGCGACUCAACAGCAUCGAGCCAAGCGAGUUCAAGAAGGAGGGCAUCCUGAUGAAGGAGGCCAAGGUGCGCUCGAUGACCAAGUACUACUUCCGCGUGACCCGCGGCCAGUUACAAUACUGCCGCAGUCAGACACAAAAGAACUCAAAGACGAUCGAACUGUCCGAGGCCGUACAGGUGCAGGCGCUGGCCAAUGAGAAGAAGGACCAGUGGCCAUUCUGUCUAAUCAUCCAAGGAAAGCAGACCAACUUAUACGCGCCAACCGAGGCCGACCGCGACCAAUGGGUCACGGCAAUCAAGAUCAACUGCUACGUCAACGAAUUUGUAGGCAGUCUAAUGGAGGAGGUGAUCACAGGCAUGGUUGGCGAGAUCGCCCACCAGGCACUUUACAAACCCGGCAGCCAACAGGAUGCCAUGCGCUCUCCGGACGCCGGCUCGCCGUCGCCGCUCGGCAGCUCGCUCUACCUGUCGACGUCGCCCACCAACUCGGACCUGUCGUCGUCGAUGUUCAUGUCGGCAUCACCGCCAUUUGGCGCACAGUCAUCGUCCAACGCACUGCUGAGUGGCGUGUCGACGUCGUCAUGGGGUGAGUCCAGCGUAUUAUCAAGUAGUGCCAGCAGUAAUGGAAGUAGUGGUAGUGCAUCACAUACGCCAACCAAAAACAAGUCAUCAACUCUACAGCGUACAAACAGUUUUAAGUCAACAAUGAAUAACAACAAACCUACAUCGAUA